UAUCAAGCAUUUUUAGUGGUUUGUUCUUUUCCAUGACAAUCUCUAGAUUCUUCUGUCUCCUGAUUGUAUUACUAUGUUUGUCAGUUACUUAAAAAUGUUGUUUGUACUUGAGGAAAUCUCGAACUGUUUUGGAAGAGCGACCAGUUGCAUUGGCUUUUCAGAUGUGGGGUUCCGUCGAAGUCAAAACCUAUGAUCUGGCAGCUACAACAACUGUUGGCACAAUACGGAGUCAUAGUCCCAGGAAGAUGAAAACCCAAAUAUCAAGACAAGUUUACAAUCCAUCAACAACAACAGCAGCAGCGUCGUCCACAACAAAUUCAAUCAAUCGAGAUGAUGUGAAUGAAAACGAAACGACUGUCAUCGUCACAGCUGACGACCGUUAUAGAGAAGUCAAAGAAAUCCAAGAAAUGCUCAAUGAAAUUACAAAAACUUCAACAAAGCAAAAAAAGGAAACUGCGGCUACGGUAGAUGACCCACCCAAAGUUGUAGUCGCAAAACAUUAACCACCAAAACAACAGCCGACAACUUCCAUUCAGAGAAGUAAGACUGAUACAAACCUACGGCGUCCUACCGCACGAAAGAUUCAACCAAGUAAAGAAGCACAAACAACACGUUGCAAAUCAGCAAAUGUAGAUGAU